GAAUUGGGAGAGAGCUGCCUAAAAAGUUGGGGUAGUAAAUACCCGGCACAAAGAUAUCAAAGUGCAAAUUUCGUCUUUGCGCUCUGCAACUUGUCCCUCCCAUUCAAAUCUGGGAAAGUUUUUUUUUUUUUUUUUCCCUAAAUGACCCGCACACCCCUACCAAGACCUGACUCCCCCACUGCCAACGGGAAUUCGUCUUCGGAAUUUAAGUGCUUUGAUCACGCGAGAAUGAGCGGGGCUUGGUGCAAAGAUUGCAAACGCUGAUGGACGCCUAGAGAACCAAUCAGGGCGACGAGGAGGCAGGAACAAUCAGGGUUAAAGGUCUGGCGGAAGCUCCCUAAGCUUCCGGUGGUUUGAGCGCGAGCGAUGGCUAAGCAUCACCCGGACUUGAUUUUUUGCCGCAAGCAGGCUGGUGUUGCCAUUGGAAGACUGUGUGAAAAAUGUGAUGGCAAGUGUGUGAUCUGUGACUCCUACGUGCGUCCCUGCACCCUGGUGCGCAUAUGUGACGAGUGUAACUAUGGCUCUUACCAGGGGCGCUGUGUGAUCUGCGGAGGCCCGGGAGUUUCAGAUGCCUAUUAUUGUAAGGAGUGCACCAUCCAGGAGAAGGAUCGAGAUGGCUGCCCAAAGAUUGUCAAUUUGGGGAGCUCUAAGACAGAUCUCUUCUAUGAACGCAAAAAAUACGGCUUCAAGAAAAGGUGAUUGGUGGGUUGCCUCUUUCUCCCCCCCCCCCCAAGCUGCUGCAGCUGCCAGAAGAAAUACCUACUACUGCCAGCAGAAAGGGAGUGGCGCCCAGCGCAUCACCUGAAUUGCCUGUGAAGACCUUGGCACCUUUCCACCUCUUCCUCUUCUCACCCAGACGUGGCAGGAAUGGAAAACAGAUUCUUCACAGGACACUCUGGCAGACUGUACCCGAAAAAUUGGAUAGAUUAGUUCAUGGUGUCCCUUGAAUUCAUGAAGCAAGGCUGUGUUACCCAUAUCGAAAAGUCCUCUGCACCAAAAGCUCUAACACGGAGUGGUAUUUCCGUCUUCUGUUGGAGGCCUUGACCAUAGUGCCCUCUGCAGUGAGAAGCCUGUCUCUGCAGCAGCUCUGACAGUGGUCGUCCUCGGUGAACAAGAGCAGCGCACGGGGAGUCUCAGAACAGCACAUGUGGGCAUUUCACCUUGUAACAUUUACCAUGCGCUUCCGGCUCAUGUUAUUUUUCUUCUAAGAAAUUGGAAACCCUUUCUUUUGCUAUUGUAUCAAUAAAGUAGCUGUUUAUUUUCUGGAA